AUGGAAAACGAUUUUAUUGAAGAACCUGUGUUAGUUGAUGAUGACGAAGAAGAACAAUCACUUAGUCAUACAAAGAAACAUAAACAUGAUAAAUUAAUUGAUUCAAUUGUUCAUUUAGAUGGUAAAAAACGAAAAGUAACAAUUCGUAAAGAACCAAUUAGUACUCCUAAUAAUCUUAUUGCAUCAACACAAACAUCAACAUCAUCAAAAAAGAUUAAAAGUCAUCAAUUAUUAUCGAGUUUGAAAAAGACUUCAUCAUUACAAAUUCAAACAUUAAAAAAACAAUUAGCAAAAGUUAAUAAACAUCAAGCUGUACUUCAACAACCAUUACAAAAACCACAAGCAGAAAAAGCUGAACGUAUAGCUGCUUAUAAUCAAGAAAAGAAAUCACUUACUAAAUGGGAUCCUGUUGUCGAAAAAAAUCGAACUGCAGAAACAUUAAAUUUUCCACUUCAAAAUGGUGGUGUUCAAUUUCAAACAACACAAGAAUUUGUUGGAAAAUUUCAAACAUUAAGUUCAUUAGAAAAAGAUAUAGCAGCUAUAUUACAAUCAAGUAAUAAUAAUAUUCAACCGAAUUCAUUACUUACACAAGCUGAAAAGAAAAUUAUUAGUAAAAUGGACUUACUUGAAGCUAAACAAAAAUUGAAUGAAUUAAAAAAAAUGCGUGCUCUUAUUUCAUAUCAACAAGCAAAGUUUAAACGUGUACGAAAAAUUAAGAGUAAAAAAUUUCGUCGUCUAGUUCGAAAAGAUCGUCAAAAACAAGAAGAAAAAAAUUUAGAAAAAUUAUCUGUUGAACAUCCUGAUCAAUUUCUUGAACGAUUAGAACAACUUGAGCGACAUCGUAUCGAAGAACGUUCAACACUACGACAUAAAAAUUCAACAAAAUGGGCCAAAGAAAAACGAUUAUUAUCAAAAUUUAAUACAAAAGUACGAGAAGAUGUUGAAGAACAAUUAAAACUUGGUAAACAAUUAAGUACAAAACAAGCUCAAGCUGAAAGUGAUGACAAUGAUGAUGAUGAAGAGGAUGAACCAUCAUCAUCAAAACCAACAGUAGAAGUACAAAAAAAGAAAUCAACAGAAAUUCCUUUAAUUCUCGCUCCAUCUCAAAUCGAAUCUGAAGCUAAUCCAUGGCUAACAACAACACAUAGUCCAGUUUUACCAUCAUCUGAAUAUUCAAAACCAAGUGAAGUUCGAAAUGAAGAUACUUCAUCGUCAGAUAGUGACGAAGAAGAAGAAGAAAAAGAAAAUCAAACUGAUCAAACUCAAAAUGAAUCAUCUGAGAAUAAUACAAGUUAUGGUAUAACAAUUCCUAAAUCUGCAGAACAUCUUAAUAUGCCAGAUAGUACGAAACGUAUUGAAAUUGAACCAAAACAAACUGAACAACAUCAAAUGAAUAUUCAAGAAGCAUUUGCCGAUGAUGAUGUUCUUGCUGAAUUCAACAAAGAAAAAACAGAAAUUAUCGAUCGCGAUCGUCCAAAACCAAUUGAUUUAUCAUUACCUGGUUGGGGUGAAUGGGCUGGAUCGGGUGUACCAGUUAAUAAACGAAAAAAGCGAAAAUUUUUAAUUCAGCCAAAACCUGCACCACCUCGACGAGAUGUUCAUCUUCAACAUGUAAUAAUUAAUGAAAAAGCUGAUCAGAAAAUAUCUGAACAUCGUGUUAGUGAUUUACCAUUUCCAUUUGCUGAUGUUGAACAAUUUGAAUCAUUAAUGCAACAACCAUUGGGCCGUGAAUGGAAUCCUGAAACAGCAUUUCGUCGUUUAAAUCAACCUAAAAUACGUUCACGUAUUGGUGUACGUAUUGAACCAUUAAAUAAACAAGAUGUUUUUCUUAAACGUCAUCAUUCAAAACAAGAUAAUUCAUCACUUGACUUUAAUUUAUCAAAUGAUGAUCAAGAAAAAUCAUCAUCAAUUAUUGAACAGGAUUCAUUAUUCGAUAAUGAUCAAAGUCAAAAGAAAAAAUUUAAAAGAAAAAGAAAACAAAAUUAA